CCCGGAAAGGAGUUGUGGAGGAGGCGGGCCGAGCUGUGGGACCCGCUGCUGGAUGCCGGAGGUCAGGAUGGUAGGGGAUCGACGAGCAGGGGACCUCAUGGUCCCCUUGGGGCCCCGGCUGCAGGCGUACCCUGAAGAACUCAUUCGACAGAGACCUGGACAUGACGGACAUCCUGAAUACCUGAUCCGAUGGAGUGUCCUCAAGUGUGGGGAAGAGGGCAAAGUGAACGUAGAGGAAGACAAGACCGAGCACCUCCUCAUGUGGCUCUCAGCUCCAGAGGUCUGUGCCAACUGCCCCAUGCUGCUGCGGGAGCAAACAUUAUCUAAAGGGCCUCAGUACGAACCUGCUGGAGAGUUAGGAAGCUUCCCCCGGGAUCCAGGCGGCCUGGAUGAGUUGGCAAUGGCGGAGAUGGAGGCUGACGUGCGGGCACUGGUGCGCAGGGCCGCCAGGCAGCUGGCCGAGGGCGGGACCUCGAGCCUGACGGCCGCUGUGCUUCACACCAUCCACGUGCUCAGCGCCUAUGCGAGCAUUGGGCCCCUCACCGGAGUCUUCAGGGAGACCGGAGCCCUGGAUCUGCUCAUGCACAUGCUGUGCAAUCCGGAGCCUCAGAUCCGCCGGAGCGCAGGCAAGAUGCUGCAGGCCCUGGCGGCCCAUGACGCCGGGAGUCGGGCUCACGUCCUCCUGUCACUGGGCCAGCAAGACGGCAUGGAGCAGCACAUGGACUUUGACAGCCGCUGCACCUUACUGGAGCUGUUUGCAGAGACCACCUCCACUGAAGAGCACUGCAUGGCCUUCGAGGGCGUCCACCUUCCUCAGAUCCCUGGAAAGCUGCUCUUCUCCCUGGUGAAGCGUUACCUGUGUGUCACCUCCCUGCUGGACCAGCUGAAUGAGAGUCCGGAGCCCGGAGCUGGAGACCGCAGCUCUCCGUGUCUCACAAAGGAGAAGAGCCGGGGACAGCGGGAGCUGGAGUUCAGUAUGGCGGUGGGCAACCUCAUUUCAGAGCUGGUGCGGAGCAUGGGCUGGGCCCGGAACCUGAGUGAACAGGGCACUUUACCACCCCGGCCAGCCCGGUCCAUCUUUCAGCCCUGCAUCUCAGGCCUUCCGCUGUUGGUGCCCACCGCUGUCACUACUCCCAGGAAGCAAGGGCGGGUCUUCCGCCACCGUUCCGAGUUUUCUAGCCGUAGCGGCUAUGGUGAAUAUGUUCAGCAGACCGUGCAGCCCGGCAUGCGAGUUCGGAUCCUCGAUGACUAUGAGGAGAUCAGUGCUGGGGACGAGGGCGAGUUCCAGCGGAGCAACAACGGGGUGCCCCCCGUGCAGGUCUUCUGGCAGUCAACUGGCCGCACCUACUGGGUACACUGGCACAUGCUAGAGAUCCUGGGGCCUGAGGAAGCUCCUGGCAAUUCUGCUUCAGCAUCUGUGGAGAAGAGAGAAGGGGCUACCGUACUGGGCACAGCAUUUCCCUCCUGGGACUGGAGGCCUGCGUAUGGUCUGUACCCACUGCCAUAUCUCCAGCCCGAGCCCCAGAAGGGUGAGGAGUCAGGGUACCUGACCCAGGCCGAGUGGUGGGAGUUACUUUUCUUCAUCAAGAAGUUAGACUUGUGUGAGCAGCAGCCGAUUUUCCAGAAUCUGCAUGAGAAGCUGGAUAAGGCCCUGGGUGAAAAGGCCCUAGGUGAGAUCUCUGUGCCCAUAGAGAUGGCUGAGGGGGUGCUACAGCUUCUCAGUAAUCGCUUCGAGGGCAGCAACCUCUGUGACCUGCUCAACUCCCAAAUCUACACCAAGUAUGGGCUAAUGCCUGAGGAACUGAGCAGCUUGCCUUCUUCACGGAGUCCCUCCUGUACCCCAGAGCCAGAGGAGGAGUCGAAGUCAGCAGCCAGCUCCUCAGAGGAAGAGGCUGAGCCCUGCAAGGCAAAGGCUGAGCCUGCCAGUGCGAAGACUGAGUCCCCCAAAGCACAGAGUGACUCGCAGCUCUUCAGUCAGCUUCUGGUGAUAGAGGGGAUGGCCCUGUCCCCUGAAACACAGGAGGCAGCUGCUGAGAUGGCCAGAACCUUGCGGGGUCCUGGUCCACGCGGCUCCCUGGAUCAGCAUGUGUUAGCGGUCCUGGCCACUGUGCAGCUCUCCAGCCUGGACACGAACCUGCAGCUCUCAGGGCUCUGCGCCCUCUCCCAGGCUGUGGAGGAGGCCACUGAGCGGGACCACCCUCUGGUCCGUCCUGACAGAUCGUUGAGGUUAGCAUGUCGCAGAGGGCAGAGGUUUGGGUUGAGGCUCUACAAUGGUCGCCAUGUGGUCCACGCCAUCCUUGUGCGUGGUUUAGUGGAUAAGGGUGCUGCUCCCGAGCCUGACAGCGGAGGUCAGUCCCUGGAGCCUCGUGGUUGUAAAGGAAGGGAGAUACUCACGCUAGAAGAAUUCAGCGGCAGGCUCUGCUUCUCAUUCCUCUUUCAGGCACUAAAGAUGCUAGCCAUUGCCAGUUCCUCAGAGACCCCCACUUUUGUGACCAGCCGAGAUUCCACCCAACCUUUGUUUGACACCCAGAUGACCAGAGAGAUCUUUGCCAGCAUCGACUCAGCUACACGCCCAGGGUCUGAGAGCUUGCUGCUUAGUGUCCCUGCGGCUGUGGUCCUGAUGCUGAACACCGAGGGGUGCUCCUCUGCAGUGAGAAAUGGUCUGCUUCUCCUCAACCUGCUUUUGUGUAACCACCACACCCUGGGAGAGCAGCUCAUCACCCAAGAGCUGAGAGACACCUUGUUUAGGCACUCGGGGAUAGCACCGGGAACUGAGCCAAUGCCCACCACACGGACCAUUCUCAUGAUGCUGCUCAAUCGUUACUCAGAGCCUCGGGGAAGUCCUGAGCGAGCAGCAUUGGAGAGUCCAAGCACCCAGGGUCAAAGUGGGUCCCCAGAGUUACUCAUCCGAUCCCUGGUGGGAGAGCCUUCUGCGGAACUCUUCCUGGACUUGGAGCGGGUGCUGUGCCGGGAAAGCAGCCCGCAGGGGGCCGUGAGUCCCCUCCUCAGGCGCCUGCAGCAGGAGGCCCAGCCUUUCCUCCUCUUGCUGCGGACUCUCGACGCCCCUGGGCCCAACAGAGCUCUGCUGCUCACGGUCCUCAGGGUCACGGCACGACUGUUGGACUACCCCGAGACAGUGGUCCUCCCCUGGCACGAGGUCCUGGAGCCCUGCCUCAACUGCCUGAGCGGCCCAAGCAGUGACCCUGAGAUUGUUCAGGAGCUGACCUGCUUCCUGCAUCGCCUGGCUUUGAUGCAUAAAGACUAUGCAGUAGUGCUUUGCUGCCUGGGAGCAAAAGAAGCCCUCUCCAAAGUCCUGGACAAGCACUCUGCGCAGCUCCUGCUGGCCUCGGAGCUCCGUGACCUGGUCACAGAGUGUGAGAAGUAUGCCCAGCUCUAUAGUAAACUCACCUCGAGCAUUCUGGCUGGCUGCAUCCAGAUGGUGCUGGGCCAGAUUGAAGACCACAGACGAACCUACCAACCUAUCAACAUCCCCUUCUUUGAUGUGUUCCUCAGGCAUCUCUGCCAGGGCUCCAGUGUGGAAGUGAAGGAAGACAAGUGCUGGGAGAAGGUGGAGGUGUCCUCCAACCCCCACCGGGCCAGCAAGCUGACGGACCGCAACCCCAAGACCUACUGGGAGUCCAAUGGUAGCACCGGCUCCCACUCCAUCACCUUGCACAUGCACCGUGGUGUUCUAAUUAGGCAGCUGACUCUGCUUGUGGCCAGUGAGGAUUCAAGUUACAUGCCAGCCAGGGUGGUAGUGUUUGGGGGUGACAGCAUCAGCUGCAUCAGCACCGAACUUAACACGGUGAACGUGAUGCCCUCUGCCAGCCGGGUAACCCUCCUGGAGAACUUGAACCGCUUCUGGCCCAUCAUCCAGAUCCGUAUAAAGCGCUGCCAGCAGGGCGGCAUCGACACCCGGGUCCGGGGCGUGGAGGUGCUGGGCCCCAAGCCCACUUUCUGGCCGUUGUUCCGGGAGCAGCUCUGUCGACGCACUUGCCUCUUCUACACGAUUCGGGCACAAGCCUGGAGCCGGGACAUAGCCGAGGACCGCCAGCGCCUCCUCCAGCUCUGUCCCAGACUGAAUAGAGUUUUGCGCCAUGAACAGAAUUUUGCUGAUCGCUUCCUCCCUGAUGACGAGGCCGCCCAAGCACUGGGCAAGACCUGCUGGGAGGCGCUGGUCAGCCCCCUGGUGCAGAACAUCACAUCUCCCGAUGCUGAGGGUGUGAGUUCCCUGGGGUGGCUGCUGGACCAGUACCUGGCGCACAGGGAGGAUGUGCCCAGCACCCGCGGCCGAGCAGCAUCCUUUGCUUCCCGAGUCCGGCGCCUGUGCCACUUGUUGGUGCACGUGGAACCCCCUCCUGGGCCUGCUCCUGAGCCGGCCACGCAGCCCCUCGGCAAGAACAGUAAGAGUCAGGACGGAAGCCCCACGCCCUCGCCGGUCCUGCCCAGCAGCAGCCUCAGGAACAUCACCCAGUGCUGGCUGAGCGUGGUGCAGGACCAGGUCAGCAGAUUCCUGGCUGCGGCCUGGCGGGCCUCAGACUUCGUGCCUCGGUACUGUACUCUGUAUGAGCGCUUGCAGAGAGCCGGCUCGGAGCUGUUCGGGCCUCGGGCAGCCUUCACCCUGGCUCUGCGCAGCGGCUUCUCUGGAGCCCUGCUGCAACAGUCCUUCCUCACUGCCGCUCACAUGAGUGAGCAGUUUGCUAGGCACAUCGACGAGCAAAUCCAGGGUGGUUUGCUUGGUGGAGUCUCUGGAGUGGAAAUGCUGGGGCAGCUUCAGCGGCACCUGGAGCCCAUCAUGGUCCUUUCUGGCCUAGAGCUGGCCACGACGUUUGAGCAUUUCUACCAGCAUUACAUGGCCGACCGACUCCUGAGCGUGGGCUCGAGCUGGCUGGAGGGGGCUGUGCUGGAGCAGAUUGGCCUCUGCUUCCCGAACCGCCUCCCCCAGCUGAUGCUGCAGACCCUGCGCACCUCGGAGGAGCUGCAGCGCCAGUUCCACGUUUACCAGCUCCAGCAGCUCGACAGGCAGCUCUUGGAGCAGGAGGACCAGGAGGAAUGGAGGCCUGAGGAAGUGGAGGAAGAAGACGGGGGACAGGAGCCUGAAAAGGAGCUCUGUAUAGAAGACGCGGGUCCGGAAGUGUCUGUCCUGGUCCUGUCCCCACGCUGCUGGCCCGUCUCUCCACUCUGCUUCCUGCACGAACCCAGACAGCACCUUCCCACAGACCUCUGCGCUGCCCUUGAGCGCUUCUCCAGUUUCUACAGCCACAGUCAGAACUACCCAGUCUUGGACAUGGGACCACAUCGGCGACUUCAGUGGACAUGGCUGGGCCGUGCUGAGCUGCAGUUUGGGGACCAGACCCUGCAUGUGUCCACAGUACAGAUGUGGCUGCUGCUGUAUUUCAACCAGACUGAGGAGGUAUCAGUGGAGAUCCUGCUGAAGACUUCCGACCUCUCCCCAGAGCUUCUGCACCAGGCGCUUCUGCCCCUCAUCGCUGACAAUGGUCCUUUGACACUGGAGGAGGCUCAGAACUUCCCACAGGCGGGGAUGCUGCGGCUUCGUGAGCCUAGGUCCCAGCCCCGUGAAGAGGUCCUGUGGCUGAUACCUCCCCAGACCUAUUUCAGUGUAGAGAAGGAUGAGGGCCGGACCUUGGAGCAGAAGAGGAACCUCUUGAGCUGUCUUCUUGUCCGCAUACUCAAAGCCCAUGGGGAGAAAGGCCUCCACAUUGAUCAGCUGGUUUGUCUGAUAGGUAAACAGAGUGGAGACACUAAGCACUGCCCUUCUCUCUCCCUAAGCCCAGAAGCGAUGUUGGCCCUGGCAUCUCUACAGCUGCCUGCAGGCCGCACCAUGAGUCCCCAGGAGGUGGAAGGGCUGAUGGAGCAGACGGUGCGGCAGGUGCAGGAGACGCUGAACCUGGAGCCUGACGUAGCCCGGCACCUCCUGGCCCAUUCCCACUGGGGCACCGAGCAGCUGCUCCAGAGCUACAGUGACGACCCAGAGCCCCUGCUGCUUGCAGCCGGGCUGCGAGUACCCCAGGCCCAGGUGGUCCUGACGCGUCCUGACCACUGCCCAGUCUGCAUCAGCCCCCUAGGGCCCCAUGACGACUCGCCGUCCCUCUGCUGCCUGCACUGCUGCUGUAAGUCUUGCUGGAACGAGUACCUGACGACUCGGAUCGAACAGAACUUUGUGCUGAACUGUACCUGCCCCAUUGCCGACUGCCCUGCUCAGCCCACGGGAGCCUUCAUCCGUGACAUUGUCUCCUCUCCAGAGGUCAUCUCCAAGUAUGAGAAGGCCCUCCUGCGAUGCUAUGUGGAGAGCUGUUCCAACCUGACAUGGUGCACCAACCCCCAGGGCUGUGAUCGCAUCCUGUGCCGCCAGGGCCUGGGCAGCGGGACCACCUGCUCUAAGUGUGGCUGGGCCUCUUGCUUCAGCUGUAACUUCCCUGAGGCACACUAUCCUGCCAGCUGCGGCCACAUGUCCCAGUGGGUCGAUGAUGGCGGCUACUAUGACGGCAUGAGUGUGGAGGCGCAGAGCAAACACCUGGCCAAGCUCAUCUCCAAACGCUGCCCCAGCUGUCAGGCGCCCAUCGAGAAGAAUGAGGGGUGUCUGCACAUGACCUGCGCCAGAUGUAACCAUGGGUUCUGCUGGCGCUGCCUGAAGUCCUGGAAGCCAAGUCACAAGGACUACUACAACUGCUCCGCCAUGGUGAGCAGAGCCGCCCGCCAGGAGAAGCGGUUCCAGGACUACAAUGAGAGGUGCACCUUCCACCACCGGGCCCGGGAGUUUGCUGUGAACCUGCGGAACCAGGCCUCUGCCAUCCACGAGGUGCCCCCACCCAAAUCCUUCACCUUCCUCCACGACGCCUGCCGGGCCCUUGAGCAGGCUCGAAAGGUGCUGGCCUACUCCUGUGUCUACAGCUUCUACAGCCAGGACACAGAGUACAUGGAUGUGGUGGAGCAGCAGACCGAGAACCUGGAACUGCACACCAACGCCCUGCAGAUCCUCCUCGAGGAGACGCUGCUGAGGUGCCGGGACCUGGCCUCCGCCCUGCGCCUCCUUCGGCCGGAUUGCCUGAGCACAGGCACGGAGCUGCUCCGGAGGAUCCAGGAGAGGCUGCUGGCCAUCCUGCAGCACUCCACCCAGGACUUCCGGGUUGGACUGCAGAGCCCAUCAGCCGAGGCUCGGGAGGUGAAAGGAUCCAACGUGCCCAGCGAUCAGCCCCAGGGCUCCGCAGGGCUGGAAGCGGAGGAGGAGGAAGAAGAGGAAGAGGAGGGGGAUGUGCCCGAGUGGCAGCACGAGUUUGAUGAGGAACUGGACAACGACAGCUUCUCCUACGAUGAAGAGUCUGAGAACCUGGACCGCGAGACUUUCUUCUUCGGGGAUGAGGAUGAUGACGAUGAGUCCUAUGACUGAGGGGCAGGAAACACCUGGAGCUGCCCCACCAGGCAGGGCCACAGGGCUGCAGAGUCCGCCCCCCUCUGCCAUGGGGGGGUUCCCAGUGUCUGCAGCAGCGCCUUCUGUUGACUGAAUAAACCUCUUUUUUCACAUA